UUCUCAGUUCACGUGUAAUGCGAGAAAAACAUGGCGUCUCUCGCGGAAUCAGUCGCGGUAUCGGACAGCGGCGAGUAUUUGGCGCAUUCUAGCUCCGAUGGUCGGUUAAAACUAUGGGACACUUCAACGGGCCGACUCAAGCAAGAGUACACGCCGAGCGCGCACCUGUCCGCAAAGUGCACGUGCCUUUCCUGGGGACCUACGCGGCAGCAGGCCUUCGCCGCGCACAAGAAGAAAAAGCGGCAAAAAACGACCGACGAUGCUGGCGACGCGUUGUCGGAAGCAAGCCUACUGGCGAUGGGGACUGCGGAGGGUACCGUUUUGCUGUACAGCUUAUCCAGAGGAGACCUACACAGCGAACUAACGGGAGGUCACACAGCAACUGUGAACGGCGUCUCGUGGCAUGCCAGUUCGGACUCGCUGUUCAGUGUUUCCGACGACCAGCACAUUGUUCACUGGAGUGUCUCCUCGUGCAAGGUUAAAAGCAAAUGGAAAGCCGAUCGUCAUAGUGUCUACGCUGUUGCUGCCGUCGACGCCAACACUGUACUCACCGCCAGCAGCAGUAUCAAGUGGUGGAACAUAGACACGAAAUCAAUUGUAAUGAAGUUCACAGGUCACGUGACCGAGGUGAGGCACAUUCUGCCUGUUUUCGUGCCCAGUAAGGACGGUGAAGAGAGGACCUACUUCCUGACGUGCGCGGCCAACGACCGGCAAGUGAGUGCGUGGCACCUCGAGAAAGGAGCCGGUUCGAGCUCGUUGGCCAACUUCGUGCUCUCAGAGGAAGCGGUACACAUCAGCGUUUCACAUUCGUCAGAAAACAACAAGACGGCGCACCUCUCGGCGGUGACCAAGUCCGGCACGCUACACAUAUUCGAGCUGCAGCUGAAUGGGCGCUGCAAGACGCCCAUGCAGCCCAAGUACACGGUGCAGGUGGCCACCGAGACCCAGAACGGCCGGGCCCCCAAGCCACAGCCAGUGGCCAUCCUGGCCGCCGCCUUCUGCCCCACCGGUGACCGCCUGCUGCUCUGCUACAACAACUUCCUGUUGCCCAGCUUCGAACAUUUGAGCAUCGCGAAAGACCUACGCGAACAAACGUGGCUGGUGCGGAAGGUGAAGCCCGCAGUGUCAUUCACGGUGCAGGAUGGCAUUUCCCAGGUCAAACAACCGGUGAAACCCACGAGGGAAGUGACUUCACUCGCACCCGGUCAUCUAGCGCCCAGCGCCGGCAAGCGUAAGGUGCAAGCAGGCUCGAUGGGGCAGUUGCCCAUGGAGGAGAGGCUGCUGGCCGUCACACAAGCGAGCGGCAAGGAGCCUCCGCGAGCGGACAACCUGUCGCAACUGCUGCUGCAGGGCCUGCAGAGCGAAGACCCGAGACUCCUGAACAGCGUACUUCAGCGGACGGACGAGACGCUCCUGCGAAACACGGUGCGGCGGCUUCCACUGUCCAGCGUCCUGUCCUUGCUGAAGGAGCUGCAGCAGCGUAUGCACAGCCGAGGCUCCGGUGUGUACCCUUACAUGAAGUGGACCAAGACCGUGGUUUCGACGCACACCUCCUACCUGAUGACGUGUAAGGAAGCCAAUACGCUGCUCAACCCAUUGCUCGAGCUUCUUGAAGCUCGCACUGAGAUGUUCGAGAAGGUCUGCAGGCUCAGGGGCAAGGUGGACCUCAUUAUGGCACAGGUGGCAACAAGGCACGAGGAUGUGGAACUACCAACAGAGCCGCUGUGUGUCGUGAACGAUGACUCGUCAGACGAUGACAUGGAUCAGGACGCAGAGCACUCGGACGACGAGAGAGAAGAGAAUAAUAUGUGGGAACUGUCGGAUGGCGACGAAAGAAGUAGAAGCGAAGCCGAUGACAACUCCGGUAUGGAAGAUGGAGAAGCUGAUUCAGUGGAAGGAAGCAGCCAAGAUGAAGACGAGGAUGACUGUUCGGACAUCGCAUGACAGGCGCACCCGUGCCAUGUACAGAUCAAAGACGUCUUGUAAAAAAUAUGCAACUGUCAUCGCACCAAUUAAAGAAAAGGAGCCACACAUCGGG